AUAAAUAAUUCCAAAAUCCCCAAAUUCUCAUUUCAUUAAUUUCUUGGGGAUUUUGGGUUUUUUUUUUCCUUAGAAUUUUAAUUUCAAUAAUAAAAAAAAUCAAAAUUAGGGAUUUGGGGUGGUGGAAAUGGACGGAAGGAGGAUCACGGCGAGUCCACGGCCGUGUAAUGGUCGGCGCGUGGCGGUGACGAAGAAAAGAGCGCGUGGGUCAGAUGGGUUUAUGAAUAGUGUUAAGAAGCUUCAAAGAAGAGAGAUUUGUUCUAAAAGAGAUCGUAGUUUUAGAAUUUGUGAUGCUCAAGAAAGAUUUAGAAAUAUCCUUUUGCAGGAGGAGUAUGAUACUCAUGAUCCUAAGGGACAAUGCUCUAUGGUUUUGCCUUUUCUUAAGAAGCGUUCAAGAAUCAUUGAGAUUGUUGCUGCUCGUGAUAUAGUCUUUGCUCUUGCCCAGUCCGGAGUUUGUGCUGCAUUUUGCCGAGAGGCUAACAAAAGAAUAUGCUUUCUAAACGUCAGUCCUGAUGAAGUUAUAAGAAGCUUGUUUUACAAUAAAAAUAAUGAUUCACUGAUUACAGUAUCGGUCUAUGCUUCUGACAGCUUCAGUUCCUUGAAAUGCAGGACAACAAGGAUUGAAUACAUACGACGAGGUCAACCUGAUGCUGGUUUUGCUCUUUUCGAGACUGAAUCUUUGAAGUGGCCUGGUUUUGUGGAAUUUGAUGAUGUGAAUGGAAAGGUGCUGACCUUCUCAGCACAAGAUAGCAUUUACAAGGUGUUCGAUUUGAAAAAUUAUACCAUGUUAUACUCUAUAUCAGAUAAAAAUGUACAAGAGAUCAAAAUAAGUCCUGGAAUCAUGUUGUUGAUAUACAAUAAAGCUAGCAGCCAUGUUCCUCUCAAGAUUGUCUCUAUUGAAGAUGGAACUAUUCUAAAAUCUUUUAAUCAUCUUCUUCAUCGUAACAAAAAGGUGGAUUUCAUUGAGCAGUUCAAUGAGAAACUUCUUGUGAAGCAAGAAAAUGAGAAUCUGCAGAUCCUUGAUGUACGCAAUUCCGACCUAGUGGAAGUUAGCAGGACAGAAUUUAUGACUCCAUCAGCGUUCAUCUUUCUGUAUGAGAACCAAUUAUUUUUAACCUUUAGAAACCGGACUGUAGCUGUUUGGAACUUCCGAGGGGAACUUGUGACUUCAUUUGAGGAUCAUUUGCUGUGGCAUCCUGACUGCAACACUAAUAACAUAUACAUCACAAGUGAUCAGGAUCUUAUCAUCUCCUAUUGCAAAACCGAGUCAGAUAACUCUUUAACAGAAGCAAAUGAAGGAUCUAUAAAUAUCAGCAACAUUUUGACCGGAAAAUGCCUUGCUAAAAUAAAGGCUAAAAAUGGUGUUCCAUUGGAUGAGUGUGGCUGCAGUGGCAUUACCACCGAAUCUGUUGGAUCUAGUAGAAGAAGCUGCAAGUGCACCUCAAGAAAACGAAUCCGAGCAUCCAGGAUUACGAGUACUGUUACAGAAGCACUUGAGGACAUUACCGCCCUCUUCUAUGAUGAAGAGCGCAAUGAGAUAUACACUGGUAAUAGGCUCGGCUUAGUCCAUGUAUGGUCUAACUGAAGCUUAUAGAUGGAACCUGUUACAAAUGUAACCAUUAGGUUUCUUCAGAUAGCUCAUCAAGUCUGUUGUUUCAUAGAUAUUGUACUCUUGUAAAAUGAGAUUUUUAGGAAAGAAUAUAAUGUCAUGUACAAUGUUUGAGAAUUGUAAAAAAUGCAUGUUAUUUAUCUUUAGAUUUGGGUUAAUAA